GCCUGGGGCCUGGGCUCGGGCAUGGAGCCGCGGGCGCUCUGGCUGCUCUGCUGGUGCGGGUUCUGGUGCCUCGACAGAGGCCACGGAGCCGGUCCCGGUGCCACCUUCACCCCGACGGGACCUCGGAGCAGCGAGCAACAGGCAGCCGCCUUCCGGGAAAGUCUUAAUAGACAUCGAUACUUGAAUUCUUUAUUUCCUAGUGAAAAUGCCACUGCCGUCUAUGGAAUAAAUCAGUUUUCAUAUUUGUUUCCUGAAGAGUUUAAAGCUAUUUAUUUAAGAAGCAAAACUUUCAGAUUUCCCCGCUACUCCCCGGAAGUGCCAAUGCUUAUUUCCAACAUGUCUUUGCCAUCAAGAUUUGACUGGAGAGAUAAGCAUGUUGUAACACAAGUGAGAAACCAGCAGGCGUGUGGAGGAUGCUGGGCUUUCAGUGUGGUAGGUGCAGUGGAAUCAGCAUAUGCAAUAAAAGGGAAGCCUUUGGAAGACCUAAGUGUGCAGCAGGUCAUUGAUUGCUCAUAUAAUAAUUACGGCUGCAAUGGAGGGUCUACUUUUAAUGCUUUGAACUGGCUAAAUAAGACGCAAGUAAAACUGGUGAGAGAUUCAGAAUACCCAUUUAAAGAACAGAAUGGCCUGUGCCAUUACUUUUCUGAUUCACAUGCUGGAUUUUCAAUCAAAGGUUAUUCUGCACAUGACUUCAGUGACCAAGAAGACAAAAUGGCAAAAGCACUUCUUACCUUUGGUCCUUUGGUGGGGAUAGUAGAUGCAAUGAGCUGGCAAGAUUAUCUGGGAGGGAUAAUACAGCAUCAUUGCUCUAGUGGAGAAGCAAAUCAUGCUAUUAUCAUAACUGGGUUUGAUAAAACAGGAACUACUCCAUAUUGGAUUGUACGGAACUCAUGGGGAAGUUCAUGGGGAGUGGAUGGCUAUGCCCAUGUCAAAAUGGGAAGUAAUAUUUGCGGUAUUGCAGAUUUUGUUUCUGCCGUAUUUGUAUGAUUAAUUGAUCGAAUCAAGAGACAACUACCAAAAUGAAGGUUCCUAAUGAAAUGUAGCAUUGUAUUUCAUCCUCAGCAUUAUUCACCUUUAGGUUUUAGCAACUACCCACAGAAGGUUCUAGGGCCUAGGAGUGCUUCAGUAAAGUCAUGGCAUGUGCCCUUCUCAUAAAGAGAUGGGCACUAUAGUCAGUGGGAAGAACACCAGCACCAUGGCUUGGGAAACAGUUUUCUACUCUGGAGUGACUGUUGGAUUAAGAUAUUUUAGGUCUCUUUGCUUUGAAGAGGCUAUUAUCUGGUUUUGUUUAAUUGCUGUUUUUGUUUGUUUUUUUAUUUAUUUUCAAUGUCAUUAAAGAGCUGAUAAGAAUUUA